GACAGAGAUGGUCCAUUCAUUUCACAACACUCUUAUUUACUCUCUAGGAAAACAAGCAACAGGGAACACCUCCGGCUCCGGCUAAGAGCAAUGGGAAAUUCCAAUUCCGUUUAGUGUGUGUGAGAAAGAGAGAGAGAGAGAGAGAGAGAGGAGCAGGAAUGGUGGCUCGGAAGUUCCUCGUAAGUUACAAUGAUGACACUUUCGACGUCGACUACGACACCGACGACGGCUUCGAAGUCUUCAAAUUCCAGCUCUUCUCUCUCACGUCCAUCCCUCCGGAUAACCAAAAGAUUUUGGGAGGCGAUGAUGAUCAUUUCGUGUCCGACGACUCUGAUCUCAUCGCCAUUUCUGAUAAACUCCGACUGGUGUCGCUUGAUGAGGAAGUCGAAGUCGAGGUCGAAUUAGAAAUCGAAGAGGAAGGAGAAUCCUCAAAUCAGCACGCCGGAUUGGGAAAUGCCGAUCAGAAUUUGGGGUCGGUCAACAAGGAAAUCGAGGUCAAAGGGGAUGGAGAAGGAAAGUCGUUGAAUCAGGACAGUGAAUUACUGAAAGCCGAUGAGGAAUUGGCUCGGAUGUUACAGGCCGAGGAAGAGGCUCUUUUACUUCAGAAGUAUGUUGCUGGUGAAGAUAGGCAACAAAUGGAGCAGAGGAUACGGCCUUACAUUCGUCAGGUUCUCAUGUAUGAAGACUUGAAUAAUCAGGAGGUGGCUCGAAAAACAGUCCCUGUAGAUGAGCUUGAGGAGAAAGCAUUGGUUUCUUUGGCUAAGGAGGGGAAUUUUAAACCUUCAAAAAGUGAGCAAGAUCAUGCUUUCCUGCUGCAGCUGCUUUCUUGGUUUAAACAGUCCUUCAGGUGGGUUAAUGCUCCGCCUUGUGAUGGUUGUGGUAGUCAAACCAUAAGUCAAGGGAUGGGUGUUGCUCUUCCUUCAGAGCUUGAUUUUGGAGGUUCUCGAGUUGAACUUUAUCGGUGCAAUUCUUGCUCAAGAAUCACUCGUUUCCCACGCUACAAUGACCCAUUAAAGCUUGUGGAAACAAGAAGAGGCCGUUGUGGGGAGUGGGCUAAUUGUUUUACCCUCUACUGUCGAGCUUUUGGUUAUGACUCUCGUCUGAUCCUGGAUUUCACAGAUCAUGUUUGGACAGAGUGCUUCUCACAUCUUCUGGGAAGGUGGAUGCAUCUUGAUCCUUGUGAAGGAAUAUAUGACAGACCAUUGUUAUAUGAGAAGGGGUGGAACAAGAAGUUGAAUUAUGUCAUUGCUAUUGCAAAAGAUGGAGUUUAUGAUGUCACUAAACGUUAUACAAGGAAGUGGCAUGAGGUUCUGACUCGGCGGAACAUAACUAGAGAGUCUGUUCUAUCUGAUGUUCUUUCUAACAUAACAAGGGAAUGCCGGAAAAGUAUUACACCUCAAAUGCUUUCUAUACUUGAAGAACGUGACAGGAAUGAGACUAAAGAACUUGACAGGCAGUCCCUUUCUAAAGAAGAUAUCGCAAUUUCAUUACCUGGAAGACAGAGUGGGGACAAAACAUGGCGCAUCUUAAGACAGGAAUUUGGUUCUGAUGACAAUUGCUCUUUGAGCUGCUCUUCCUGCCCAGUUCGGAUGUGUAUUGAUGAGCAUGUUACGAGGAUAUACAAAGCAUUUUCUCCUCUUCUUUCCCUGUUUGUUGAGCAUUCCCUUUCAAGAUCUAGUGUAGUUGAUGCCCUUGAGACUCUCAAAGGGAUCUUGGUCAAUCUCAGGAGAACCCCCUUUAGAAUAAGGAGAAUUUCUGUAGAUUCUGUUUCUAGUAAUGCACAAAUUUUUGUGCAUGAGAUGCUGCCAUCUUUGGAUGAAUUUCUGGAUGUUCUCUCGCUGAAGAAUGAAUUGGAUGCUAAUGGUAAGGGGAACUUUUCUUUGGUUGGUGACCCUGUUAGGACAUCUUUAGCAUUGCCAGUAGCCAUUGAUGCACUGGAUAGUACGAUCCACAAUCUUAAAGUAUGUGAAAACUUUGGUAAAGAUUCCCUCUGUCUGCCGCUUCUGAAGCUAAAUAGAAUUCAUUCCGGCUCUGUUCUUGCUAGCGGGGAGGAGCUUCCUUUUGGAAUUGCUACAUCAGUGUUUGAUGGAAUUCAAGGGUCUAAAUGGGAAGAACCAAAUGGGGCAAGAGAUCAAAUCUCAGUUAGUGUUUACCAAGUGAUUCUAAAUGAGAGGACUCCCACCUGUGACUUUUCAGAAUAUUAUCACAUUAUUCUCAUACAAAAGGGAGAAAGAGUUGUUGGAUCACAUAUAAAGUAUUCAAUGACCAGAUGCACGAGCUGGUGGCAUAUGAGUUUAUGUCAGCCAAUGAUGCCCCAGAGAGAGAUCCUAUGGAUUGGAUUCUUGAGGGAAGUGAUGAUGCCGGAUCCAGUUGGCAUAUCUUGGAUAAACAAGCUUCACAGAUGUUUGAAAACCGUUUCGAACGUAGAAUAUUUACAAUCAGAUCGGGUCUCCAAUUAAAUGUCUUCAGGUAAACUUCUGUUCUGAAUUUAUUUGAAUGUCGUUCUAUUCUCAUUUUACAUUCAACUCAAUUAACGUUAAGGAUUACAGGUUCCGGUUUCUGGCUGUUCGUGAUGUUCAAGCAACUUCACGGCUGCAACUAGGUAGUAUUGACCUCUAUGCUAGAAGCAUUUGAGGGAAAUCAUUUGUAAAAUUGUACUUCGGUUGUUCAUAGGGGCUGGUGUAAGGAGCUCAUUCCACCCAAUGCCCUCGUGAUGCUUUCGAAGGCAGCUUCUUUAUGCUUUCAAUUUCUGCCCAUGAUAAUAUCUCCCCUCAAGAGAAGGGUCAGAUAUCACAAACAGUGUCUCUCCAAGUAUAGAGGUAGAACUCUGUUCAUUAAGCUCUCCCAACUCUAGACAGAAUUGGAGUCUUCUGCAGUGGGUGUUAAAUUAUUUUUUUUUGGUUUUUCUGUAUUCUCAAAGGUUUUUUUUUGAAAGAGAUUGAAUUUUGAAAAACACAUAUUCUAAUAAUUACAGAAUCAGUUUUAGAAAA